GUUGUCCCGGCUACCCCCCAAUUCCAAGAACCAUUUUUUUUUUUCUCCCCCUUCUCUUUUUCUCUCUCUCUCUCACUCCCUCUCCCCCUUGGUUGGGCUUUGCCAACAUAUCAAGAUGCGUUUCGCCGGCUUCCAUCACUAACCUCCCGGAGGUCAUCAAGCCAAAUUUAUGAGUGGCCGCUCGAGUCACGUGACUCUAUUUAAGGCUCCCUUAUUUGGGAAGAGCGCAUAGGAUAAAGAAAGAGAUAUCUCCACCUAUAAAUUGUGCACUUUGGAGAACAAAAAACCCCUCAACUUCAAAGAGUCACAAAUCACCCUUAAUCAAAAAGGGUGCAGAAAUUUUUUUUGGGCCCUCCCCGCCAUGAGCUCCUACGUAGCCAAUUCAUUCUAUAAGCAGAGCCCCAAUAUCCCUGCCUAUAACAUGCAAACUUGUGGGAACUAUGGAUCGGCCUCAGAGGUGCAGGCAUCCAGGUACUGCUACGGCGGAUUGGACUUAAGCAUCACUUUCCCACCGCCUGCGCCUUCCAACUCUCUCCACGGGGUAGACAUGGCUGCCAACCCCCGGGCUCACCCCGACCGCCCCGCCUGCAGCGCCGCAGCCGCUCCGGGACACGCUCUGGGCAGAGAUGAAGCGGCUCCUCUGAACCCCGGGAUGUACAGUCAGAAGGCGGCUCGCCCAGCGCUGGAGGAGCGAGCUAAGAGCAGUGGGGAGAUCAAAGAGGAGCAGGCGCAGACAGGGCAGCCUGCCGGACUGAGCCAGCCACCGGCCGCGCCACAGAUUUACCCGUGGAUGACCAAACUGCACAUGAGCCACGAGACGGACGGCAAGCGGUCCCGAACCAGUUACACGCGCUACCAGACUCUGGAACUAGAAAAAGAAUUCCACUUUAACCGCUACCUCACUCGCCGCAGGCGCAUAGAGAUCGCCAACAACUUGUGUCUCAACGAGAGACAGAUCAAGAUCUGGUUCCAGAACCGCAGGAUGAAGUGGAAGAAAGAUUCCAAAAUGAAAAGCAAAGAGGCUCUCUAGAGGCACCGGGGAGGCCCGCCGAGAGCACCCCGAGCCCGCUUCGGUCCCUCGCCUUUCCCUGUCGGUUUUUCCUCUCUAGAUAUCUUGGGGGCAAGAACGGGGGCUGGAGCGCCGGUUCCCCACCUCAGACAAAAGCUCUUUCCCUUGGCAUUGCUCAUCCCCACCGACCCCAGGUUCCCUGCGGGGCUACCCGCGCCGACCGGACUCCCUUCAGUUCUGCUCAGCACCGAGGGCCGGGGCAAGUUCCGCAGGGGACCCUCAGACGGCUGUGGCACAGGAGCUGGUGCUGAGCGAACCUGACUUGGGCCGCAUCUCAGAAUUCCUGCCCCAGCGUAGGCCUCCGGGGUUCAGGUGGGCCCUGCCGGCGCGGCAGGCCCCACGCCCGGACCCUGCGGCCUCGCCCUCUCCUUUGUUCCGGCUUAGGCGGGCCAGGCAGGCUGCCGGCUUGGUGAGAGCAUGGUUGUACUUGGCAAACCCCGGCACCAUCUCGGGGUGCUUCUUUGUAGCCACUCAACUCGAUGCUCAUUUUUAAAAAUAAUCUGCAUAUGAAAGGGGGAGAUGACUGUCUGCCUAGGGCCCCCUCGGUUGCCCUAAGCUCUCUAAACCUGCACCCCCCAACCCCAAAACCCGGAAACCUGUCCAGCCUGCGCUCUCUGCAUGCCCUCUCAGGCCCCCGGCCUCAGACCGCUAGCUAGCUCAACUAUUGGGGUUCCCUGCUACUAGACCCCACAAAGGUCCUAGAGGCUCCUGGCUGCCCAGUAGUCUUUUGCCACGACUUUCGGUGUCCUUCUGCCCAUCGCUAUUGUCCAACUAUUUAUUAACUCCACAUCUUUCCUGAAACUAUAUUUUGUCAUAUCAAAUAAAGACAAAGAGAGAACAGGACGAAAGAUACAGCGGCUCCUCUCUGUUUGGGGGACAUGUAUUGGGAAAAGUGUCUAAAUGGGCUGCGGGGUGUUGGGGGAGGCCCACAGCCUUCAAGCGGCUCCUUCAAAAGAAUUUUAGGAGAGUCUAGGAGCAUUGAGUAGAGGCAGGUGAAACGGAGCUCCUUUCCUAACCCUGGCUUCAAGAAGAACCUCUUGGGGAAGGGGAGGGCACCCAAACUGUCUCUACUGCCUUUUCCUAUGCUGUGGCUGUCCCAGACAUUCAGGCCCCCUUACCCACUCCCACCUUGACUGGGUGAAUCUGAGGCCUCUAGACUGGCAGCUGCACGCAUUGCAUGCCAGAGCUAAUCUUCAGGGACCAGGGAUCCUUGGCUCCCAGGUGCUCAGACUCAGGCCAUCCUGAGCCUGUGAAGAGCUCUCUCAAGGCUAGGUGGUCCCUGAGGGGCCUCGCUGGACAUAGAGGAAGGGUUGAGCUCUCAGUCUAGGGGCCUAUUUGGUCCCCCAAACGAUGCUCAGAAAGAGUUGGUACUGCUUGGUAGAGGGGUACUG